AAUAAGAUAUUGUGGUAUCCAUACCUAGUCUGUGUAGCGCUUUAGACAUCCCGAAUUCUCUGAUACAUCAACCAUCACUCCAAAAUGGCUCCCAAGAUUGCAAUCGUUUACUAUUCCUUGCAUGGCCACAUCCAGAAGUUGGCCGAGGCUGAGAAGAGAGGAAUAGAAGCUGCGGGUGGAAAUGCUGAUAUUUUCCAAAUUGCCGAGACGCUCCCCGAAGAGACCCUAGUGAAGAUGCAUGCAGUCCCGAAGUCGCAAGAUUAUCCAGUCAUAGAGCCAGAGAAGCUGGUAGAAUAUGAUGCAUAUCUUUUUGGUAUUCCUACUCGGUUUGGGAAUGUGCCAGCCCAGUGGAAGACAUUCUGGGACAAAUCAGGUGGACUUUGGCAAACCGGCGGGCUCUGGGGUAAAUAUGCCGGGCUGUUUAUUUCCACGGGGACCUUGGGUGGUGGACAAGAAUCGACUGGCAUUGCCAUGAUGAGCACAUUUGCUCACCACGGUAUCAGCUUUGUUCCCCUUGGCUAUAAAACCACCCUAUCAUUUCUCGGAAAUCUAGAUGAAGUUCAUGGUGGAAGCGCCUGGGGCGCUGGGACUUUGGCUGGACACGGCGAACGUCAACCUAGUCCAUUGGAAAUCCAGCUUGCCGAAGCGCAAGGGAAAGCCUUCUAUGAACGAGUUUCGCGGGUAAACUUUUCGUGAUGGAGGCGUUAAUGUGCUUUUGUUGUUUUGCCUGAAUGAUAUUCAAGAAACUAUACAUAAAAUAAACCG